AUGUCUCAUAAAACAUUCCCGAGUACCUUUCCACCACAGUUGGACGUGACCAAAUGCUCGACCACUACUGCCCUUGUUACCUCAACUCCGUUUAACCACAGUUUGUUGAACGGCCUUUAUGAAAUGCCCGAAACCAGCAGAAAGAGUGGAUCGCCUACUUUUAGGAGCAAGAUCUGUGCGAAAACCCCAAACAACAACUUGGUCACUGCCCUCCACCCCAAAUUGAAAUCUAUUUAUGAUUACCUCGUUUAUGCCAUGAAGUCCCACUCGAAGAAUAACUGCUUCGCCUCUAAGAGCUCCCCAGAAGGGUCUUAUGCGUUCAAGACCUGUGCCGAGGUCUCAAAAGUCAUUGACGACUUUGGAUCGGGCUUGCAAGAUAAGGAUGAUGUUAUCCUCAGCAUGUUUGUUCCAAAUUGCUAUGAGUGGUUUAUUACCGACUUGAGCUGUAUCGCCUAUUCCAUUAUCAGCACAUCUCUCUAUGAAGCCUUCAGCCGAAGCCAUAUUGAGUAUAUUUUAGUCGUGACAAAAUCUCCUAUCAUGGUUUUGUCUCAUGAUAAGCUUUCAACCAUCUUGACUAUCAUGUACGAGCGUAAGUUCACGUUCUUGAAGUGCUUAAUCAUUAAGACCUCACUUGGGUUGGAAAAUUUACAGCUUUUGGUCUCUGGAUCAGCUCAUAUUUUGCCGGAUACCAUAAGUAAAUUGCGAUCCAUGCUCAACGCUGAUUUUGUUCAAGGGUAUGGCUUGGCCGAGUCGUUUUCGGCCAUAACUAUCGGUUUUAACGAGGAUGAGUACCAGCCGGUAACUUCAGGUUACAUUUGUUGUACCACUGAGUUAAAGCUAGAUGAUUGGCCUAAUAUCGGGUUUACGUGGACGAAGAACCGAUCUGGUGAGAUUCUCCUCCGCGGCCCCCAGAUUGCCCAGGAAUACUACAAAGACCCUCUCAGGACCCAGGAAAACUACGAUGCCGAGGGGUGGCUCCAUACGGAUGGGGGAAAGAACUCCAUUGAUGAGGCACUCACCGUUGUGUCUCCAUUUGACCGCGAAUUGUUGAAUGGGCUUUUUGAAGUGCCAAAGACACAGUCUAAAAUUGGAUCCCCCACCUUUCGCAAUAAGCUCUGUGCAAACACCCCCAACCAUCAUCUCGUCACAACCCUCCAUCCAAAAUUGACAUCCCUUUACGACUAUUUCCAGUAUGCCUCUAGGCGAUACUCUAGGAACAGGUGCUUUGCGUUCAAGGAUUCAGCUACUGGCCCAUAUGGUUUCAAGACGUAUGCGGAGGUGGCAAAGAUUCGCGAUGAGUUCGGCUCGGGUUUAGUACACUUAAUCAAGCAAAAAUUGUUGGUCAGAAACCACCAGCUUAAAAUGAACCGAGAAGAUGAGUUUAUCUUGACGAUUUUUGUCCCCAACUCGUACGAAUGGUUCAUCACCGACUUGAGUUGUAUCUCCUAUGCCAUCACUAACUCCUCGCUCUACGACACUUUAAGUAGAAGCCACAUUGAGUACAUUUUGUGUUUGACCAAAUCUCCUGUAAUGGUUUUGUCCCAUGAUAAUGUUCUUAGCAUUUUAACCGUGAUCAACGAGAGCAAGGCUGCUUUCAUGAAGUGCUUGAUCGUUACGGACCGAAAGUCGAUCGAGGAAUGUUCCUCCUUAAUCCUCCUGUUAGCCAAAGAUUUGGGUAUCACACUUUAUACUUUUAGCGACAUCUGUCGUCGGGGGGCCUCGCAGCCUUUAAAUCACAUCGUGCCACGGACAAACGAACUCUACACCAUCUCUUUCACCUCUGGAUCAGUGGGGAAUCCAAAAGGGGUAGUAUUGACGCAUCAAAAUGCCAUCUCAGCGUUGGUAUGUAUAUUCUCCGCGGCCAAGAAGCCAGUCUCUAGGGGGGUACAUUGGGAGAGUUCUCGGGCGUUGUGUGUCUUGCCAUUGUCCCACGUUUAUCAACGGAUUAUUUGUUUCUUUGAGCUAUGCGUUGGGGCCACCAUCUAUUUUCCAUUCAAUCAGGGAGAUUCUCGACAGAUCAUGAUCGACAUGUAUGAUGUGAAGCCGACGCAUUUGAUUGGGGUUCCUCGUCUUUUUAACAGAGUGGAGGCGGGGAUCGCUGCUAGUAUCCGUUCUAAGGGGUGGGUAACACGGCUAAUCCAUAAAAGGGCAAUCGAGUAUAAGAAGGAUAUGUUCCUCAUGGGUGAACCGAUCACAAAUCAUUGGCUCUACGAUAAGGCGUUUACUCAGAAGAUCAGGGCCUCUCUCGGGUUAGAACACUUGGAGCUCUUGGUCACUGGAUCUGCCUUAAUUUUACCUGACACGAUCAGAAAAUUGAGGUCCUUACUCAAUGUCGGGUUUCUUCAAGGCUACGGAUUAACCGAGUCGUUCGCCUCCGUCACUAUCGCUUUUAACGGGGAUGAGUUAAAUCCGGUGACAUCCGGGUUUAUGUCAUGCACCACUGAGUUUAAGUUAAAGGAUUGUGAUGAAAUUGGCUUUACAUGGGCGAAAAACCGAUCCGGUCGGAUUUUCCUUCGUGGCCCGCAGGUAGCUCAAGACUAUUACAAGAACCCCAUCAAAACCCAGGAGAAUUACGACAUAGAAGGCUGGUUUGACACAGGAGACCUUGGUCAUCUUGAUAAAGAGGGACGGAUGCAAAUUGUCGACAGAGUAGAGAAUAUUAUUACUCUCUCACUGGGGUACUACGUUUCCCCCGAAGAAGUUGAAAAUAUCUACUUACAAUCCUGUCUGCCUUUGCUUACCCAGAUGUAUGUCUAUGGUGAAUCCAGCCGGUCAUUUUUAGUGGGAGUGCUUGUUCUCAACGAGAAUGAAUGCUUGAAUUUGCUCCAAGAAGGUUUCGUCCAAUCCUCAAAAUCCAUUAAUUAUAUGGAUGAGACUAACCUGAAGAGGCUUAACCUGGAUGUAAGGUUGAAGAGAUUCAUUUUAGCUCAUAUUAAUGGAAAGGUCGUCGCAUCCAGGUUAGCAAAAGGUUUUCAGCAAGUGAAGAAUAUCCACUUAUACUUCAACAAUGACAAUAGUGCAAUUUACCGCAGAAAUCAAAUGGAGAACAAUGGGUUCACCGUAAAAAAUGGUUUGCUAACCCCGACGCUAAAGAUUAGAAGACAGGAUGCCAAGAUAUUCUUCAAAAAUUCGCUCAAAAAGAUGUAUAACGAAGGUGAUAUUUCUUGAUGAGACAUAUGACCCCCCCAAAUUAUAAGGUCAACCUAGUAUGCAAUAUGAAAUACAUACGAAGCCUUGUUUUAGUGUGGUUAGGGUAGGAAUUGGCACGAAAAAGAGGAAUACCCCUAAUCGUUGAUGGGGGAGGCUGUCAUGUCAAGGUAUUCAAAAGUGACUACGAU